UACAGAUAACAUAUGCGAAAGGGGUACCUGUACAGCAACACAGAGCUCGACAUUCAAUGGUUUAUCAGCAGAAAAAGUUAUCGAUGGAUAUCAUGAUCAAGAUGAAAGAAGCUGUUCACACACUGCUCCUAAUAAAACGAAGGCGUGGGUUUUGAUUGACUUAAGGAAAAAAUAUCAAGUAACAAAUAUUGUAAUAAUCUACAGAAAUGAAAGAUCCUGGAAACCUUAUAGAUUCCGGCAAUAUCGCUUAGAAGUAUCCAAUUCCUCUGUUACACAACAGUGGUCCAUAUGUUACCAAGAUCGCACAUUAUACCCUGUUGUGCCAUCAAGUAUACAAAAUAUUUCUUGUGAAAAAAACACAAGAUACCUCAGAGUUUUCACAACGUAUGACGCUCCUGAAGAUGAUAGAUAUGGAAACAUAGGUGCAGUACUUGAAAUAUGUGAAAUUCAAGUUUUUGGAUGUGAUGUUGGUUAUUAUGGCCAAAACUGUUCACCCUGUGGAGAUUGUGAAAACUGCAACAUUAUAACUGGAUGUCCCAAAAGCUCAUGCAUAACCACAUUUAACUGUAUUGACAACCAUUGUGACGGAAAUGGAAACUGCUUGCGAGGAUGUAAGCAAGGAUACUGGGGGAAUAAAUGUCAGAGUACCUGCCCUUUAUAUUGUCCCCUGGGAAUCUGCAAUCGGACUAACGGAUUUUGCAAUAACUGUACCGACGGCUACUUUGGAAAUGUUUGUGAAAGGAAUUGUUAUACGAAAUGUCGUGGACAAGAAUGCGAUAAAGAAUCGGGGUCUUGUACAAAUGGAUGUGCAACUGGUUACUAUGGACUUUAUUGCAAUUUAACUUGCAGUAAUACUUGUCUUAAUCAGGAAUGUACACAAGAAAACGGGCAUUGCAAUGAUGGAUGCAAUGGCGGUUUCUAUGGUGAAUUCUGUAAUAGGUCAUGUAAUAUAAAUUGUGCACAAAUCAACUGCAGUCAAAGUGGAGCUUGUAUAUAUGGAUGCAAAUCAAACUGGACAGGACAAACAUGUGAUGAAUGUGAUAUCAACCAUUACGGAGCAAAUUGCUACAAGGAGUGCAGUGUCAAUUGUAAACGACAGACAUGUAAUAGUACUACGGGUUUCUGUAUAUUUGGGUGUGAAGAUGGAUUUUAUUCAUACAAGUGUGAAAAAACGUGCAGUCCAUCAUGUCUGUCUGGUUGUAAUAGAUACUCAGGGGAAUGUGAGGGCACAUGUCCGGUUGGCAAAUAUGGAGAUCAAUGUGAUAAAAUAUGCAACCCAAAUUGUAACUUGAGAUGCCAUAAAAACACUGGUCUUUGCGAAUUUGGUUGUAUUGCCGGUAAAUAUGGUCCAGACUGUCUUCGAACCUGUGGUGGUGGAUGUAUUUCCGGUUGCAGUCAAUCCGAUGGGAGGUGUACUUGUAAGACAGGAUGGCAGGGGCACUAUUGUGAUGUAUGCAGUCCAACCCAUUAUGGACUCCUGUGUGAUCAGUCAUGCAGUCCAUUAUGUUUAAACGGAACUUGUUUUUCAAACAACGGGUUGUGUAAAGAAGGCUGGAAUACGAACCUUUAUGAUAUUCAGCGUAUUGAAGAAAUGAAACAGGCAUCAAAGGGCAUUUCCAAUUCAGCUUUUUACGGGGUUAUUGCAGUUCUGCUGAUAAGUGUAAUUCUCAACAUAUAUCUCAUGGUCCGGAAUGUAAGGCAAACUAUAUAUAAAAGAAAAAAUUUUAAAGAAACAAGGCGCCACCAGAAUUCUACAAGACAAGUAAACACAACUGUCAAUGAUAAUGUGGAGGAAAACACAGGUUAUCAAGAACUUGGAGAUAUAAGCCAACCCUCUCAUUACGAAGAACUAAAGUCAAUGUAGCUCUAAUGCCAUAGCCUAGUUGAACUUUUUUUUUUGAAAUAUGUGCUAUUUUCUGACAUAAUGGUU